AUGUCUGGAGAUUUGUUAUACAGCAGUCACAAUUCCGAAAAAUGCUGGCUGACCUACUGGAUAAAGAAAAGAAAAUUCUCCUUUGUUGGAUGCCUACUACAAGCCUACUUCCUGCAUGCUCUUGGAGCUGCAGAAUGUUACAUCCUUACCAUAAUGGCCUAUGAUCGGUAUUUGGCCAUCUGUAAACCAUUACAAUACUCAUCUAUUAUGGUGACUAGGCUUUAUGUCAGCUUAGUUGUUGCUUGUGUAAUUGGUGGAUUUAUCAGCCCUGUUAUGGAAGCUAUAUUAAUUAUCUCUCUUCUUCCUUAUUGCGGUCCCCAAAUCAUAUUUGAGUAA